UCAAGCCCCGCCCAUUUGUGAUGAGCCGCGUCAUCACAAAUCUCAAACAAACAUGGCGCCGCGCUGCUCCUGCACGGCUCUGCUGGCGGUUUCCCUGACGGUUUUGGCGCUUUUAGCGGGACUUUUGGCGCCACACUCGGCUGUGAGGUGGCCCGCGGUGUCUCUGGCGGUCGCUGCUGCGCUGCUGCCGCUGUGGGGCCGCAGCCUACGGCGGCGGGACGACGGGACCUCCCGGCGGGUCUGCGUGCUGGUGCUGGGGGACAUCGGGCGCAGUCCUCGGAUGCAGUAUCACGCUUUAUCCCUGAGUAAACACGGGUACCAUGUGACCUUCGUGGGGUUUUCAGAAACCAAACCUCAUCAAGAUGUGCUGAGCGAGGAGAAAAUCACCAUAGUGCCCAUCGCAGAGCUGAAAGGUGUCCGAGUCGGACCGAAAGUGGUCUCGUAUGUGACGAAGGUGACGGUUCAGUCCCUGCAGCUGCUCCGUGUCCUGCUGACGAUGGAGCUGCAGGCGCAUGUUCUGAUGCAGAAUCCUCCUGGGCUGCCCAGCAUCGCAGUGACCUGGUUCGUGUGUUUGCUGCGUGGCAGCAGAUUCAUCAUCGACUGGCACAACUACGGCUACACCAUCAUGGCGCUGAGCCACGGCCCGGCGCACCCCAUAGUCCGACUGGCAAAGUGGUACGAGCGCUUCUUUGGCCCUCUGGCGUCUCACAACUUGUGCGUCACCAACGCCAUGAAGGACGAUUUGCAGAAAAACUGGGGCAUCAAGGCGACGACUCUGUACGACCGGCCGGCCUCCAUCUUCAGAGAGACUCCGCUGAAGCUGCAGCACGAGCUCUUCGUGAGGCUCGCCGCCGUUUAUCCUCAGUUCAGACACGCGGGGUCUGAGGCGGAGAGGACCAUCUUCUCAGUUCGUGACCCCGCUGACGGCACCGUGACCCUGAGGGCGGAGCGACCAGCGCUGCUGCUCAGCAGCACCAGCUGGACAGAGGACGAAGAUUUCUCCAUCCUGCUGACGGCCCUCGAAGAGUACGAAGGUUUCAUUAGGGGAGGAGCUUCCUUACCACCUUUACUCUGCGUGAUCACAGGUAAGGGUCCUCAGAAGGAACACUACAUGAAGCUCAUCGACUCCCUGCACCUGGAGCACGUGGAGAUCUGCACCCCCUGGCUGGAGGCAGAAGAUUACCCUCUGCUUUUAGGCUCAGCAGACCUGGGUGUUUGUCUCCACAAGUCGUCCAGCGGUCUGGAUCUCCCCAUGAAGGUGGUGGACAUGUUCGGCUGCUGCCUCCCCGUCUGCGCCGUCCACUUCAACUGCUUGGAUGAGCUGGUGAAGCACGAGGAGAACGGGCUGAUCUUCAAAGACUCUGCAGAGCUCGCCGAGCAGCUGAAGACUCUCCUGUCAGACUUUCCCAGUUCAGACGGCAAACUGGGAACCUUCAGGAGGAACCUCCGCUCCAGCAGGGGGCAGCGCUGGGAUGACAGCUGGGACCAGAACGUCCUGCCUCUAAUCACUGCUCCGAGAUAACCUUGGCUCUAUUUAGAGAGCUAGACAGCGCUGCAGUUUUAUAACCAUUUUUUUUAUUCAUGAAAGUCUCGCUUUGUAAGCCCUAAUGGGCACGUGCAGUAGACAUCACCAUGGAAACAAGACUUUUUUUCCUUUUGUGCCUGGUGAGCACUUCAUGGAAUAAAGUAGGCCCAGCCUUUGAGUCCAGUAUCCAGUGAAUGCCUGGAUGAGAUGAGCACCAGUUACAGCAGAGU